AUGUUUAUCUGCAAAUACUUGUAUCUUAUAAUCAUAGCAACUUUUACCAUAAAGUGGAUUGGAAAAUGUGCCAACAUAGCACCACAUUGGCACCUCACAACACACCAUCAAACUGCCACGCUGGAAGAAGCUAUAAAACAAUAUUUUGAAAAGAAAGCCAAUGUCUUGCAUGUGCGCGUUCAUUUACGGCGGCCAGGACCUGCGAAAUAUGUGAUCUUGCAUCAUCUAACAGAUGUUUUACGGAAUUCCACAUAUCUUACUUUUCGUAUUACCAUUGGCGAUAAGUAUCUUCGAAGUAAUAAAGAUUUUUUACACAAUUUGUGGUACGUGGACUCCUACGAAGCAUUGGACGAUGUUUUACCUUACAAAAAGGAACAUUUCGGCAGCAGUCCAGGUGUUUAUGCCAUCUACUUGGUACAGCAUAAGGAGACAGACAUUAUCAAAGAUAUUCGAAAGAUUCUAGCAAAAAUGUUUUCGCUCCAUAUUAUCGACGUAAUAGUUAUAACGCUUAACAUCCAAGGUGAAGGCUUUUCGGUAUAUUCUUUCGAGAUUUUUAGCGAAAAACACUGUCGCAAUGUGAAACCAGUUGUGAAACAAAACGCUGACGGUCCCAUUAUACUCAAGGGCGUGGAAGCUAAACUAUUGGAGACAAUCGCUGAACAUUUGCAAUUUCGAAUAGAAUCAUAUAUAGCGGAAUCUUGUACGACCGGUGAUGUUUACCUAAAUGGCACCAUGACAGGUCCAUAUUAUCUAUUGGAUAAUAAUGAAGUUGACAUACUAAUGGGAUACUUUUUCUGCACUGCCCAACGUGUUCUCUUUUUUGAGGAGAGUUUUUCGUAUUUUUCUUCUGCCAUGGUUGUCAUUGUGAAGCACCAUGCACCCAAACCAAAUCUUAUCUGGAUGCUUGAUCCUUUUAAACUGAACACAUGGUUGGCUCUACUGACAAUGACUACAGCCGCAACUAUUCUCAUGUAUGUUGCACGUCGACGUUAUCACCACGGCAAUUGGUUAGACAUAAUUGGCAGCAUAUUCGGAGAGCCACGCGUUGUAUUAACAACAAAUAAUUUGACGCGCUUGUGUAUUGCACUUUGGUAUAGCAGUUUAGUGAUCCUAAGCAGCGUUUACCAAGCAAAAUUAUUUGACUCAUAUAACCAACCGGAACCCAAUGUGCCGCGCACCUUAAAUGACUUACAGGAGAAUAACUUUACGUUCUUAGUGCGGAAGCAUGCGGACAUGAAAAACUGGCUGCCUGACCUUAAAUGGCCUCAACGUCGUGUACGGUUUAUCAAUUCGUCGGAACACAAUCUUGUAUUUGAGAAAUUAAAAGAUUCUACCGGCAAUGUGGCUACUAUAAGUACUGUUGCGCAAAUUCAAUACUUUGAACACAAACACGAAUUACGGAAUGCUUUUGACCAAGUUCCCGAAACUGUACGGCUAUGCGAGAUUUGUGCAUACUUUCAGCAUCAUUCGUAUUUAGUCAAACCUUUCAACAAUGUCAUAUUGAUGAUACGUAGUAGUGGACUGAUUUCGAGAUGGUACGGAAAAGAUAUUGCUGGUGCAAGCGGAAUGUGGAAUACGCAACCUAAAAGCACUCCCAAGCAACUGGAUAUGGAAAAAUUUACAAUGGUUUUUUUUCUAUUCACAUGCGGACAAUUGUUGGCUUUUAUUGUAUUCGUUCUGGAAAUGAUAAGUGGCAAAGUCAAAUGUCAAAAAUAA